UAGGCUAAAAAAGUACAUAUGUCAUGUCUCAUGCUACUACAGAUGGCGGCAAUAACUAACUCAACGUGUUGGACAGGUCAAGUCGCACGAGUUAGGUCGAAAACCAUCAUCACUAAAUGUUAAAAUAAUCCAAUCCUAUUGUUUUAUGAAUUGUAAAUUAGGUGCAACACCGCCUAUUCUUCAUUUCUCUUCUUUGAUAUGAUCCAAAUUGGCCACUUCUACGUGUCACAAUUACUUGCCAAAGAAGCUAUCAAGGUUGGAAAGAAGAAUGGCAGAAUUUGGCUAAGUCAAAAUCCGUGUUCAGGGUACAUACUUUGGAGGCAUGGUUCUCUCAAUUGGCUUGGUGGAAAUUCCAUUUUAAGAGUUUGUUUUGCAGAUAAAGUUGCCACCUUUCCAAUGGUAUGCUUUGUGAAUCCAGAUGAUGUCAUUAAGGUUGUUUUUCAAGGCCUCAAAGUUGCUACCUCAAAACUGGAAAACUGCCAGAAAAUGGUUGUCUGGAAACUGUUUUGUGAAGCCUACUUUGGAGCUUAAUUCGAGGAGUAUGGAUCUUAUUCAAGUCCAAAGGCUUCCACAACGUGAAACUAGGUAUGUUUGUGAACAGAGGGAAGGAAUUGGUUGAAGAAUUGGAGUUCGGGAAGGCCUCGAAAGAAAGGCGCGAAGUUAGUACGAAAGCUGCUUUUGGACUGUUGUUGGCAGCUUACUUGCGCUUGAAGAAAGGGAGUUUAAACCCGAAUUUUGUGUCCUUUUUAGUGUAGAAUUUUACCUUAAUUGUUUCCUAGUUAUACUAUGAUUGUAUUUGGUUUUAUUUUCCUUUAAAUACCGUUCUAUUUGGUUGUAAAAUUAAGACUUUGAUUAAUCGGAAAAAACAAACCUUUGGUUUUGUGCAAGUUGCGACUUGUGUUGAGUUUGGUGGAUUCCAAACUCGUGAGCUCUUGUAUCGAUUGAAUAGUCACUUCAAUCGUGGUCGGGCAUCUACCAUUUAUACCAAUCGAGUGUUCCCCAGGUGUGGAAUCGUCCUUUUGGUUCCAUUUUAUCCAAGAUCGUAUUAAGAACGAUUUGUUCUUGAUUCGAGCUCAAUCGAUUCUUCGAUUGAGUCGUUAGCUGCGUUACUUUGAUAACAUACACCCUCCAGGGGCGUAUCAAGUGGUAUCAAAGCCCCGUUCAAAUCAGUGGCGGUUUGUUCUUGACGACUCUGUUUUCUGCGCGUCAAACAAGAUGGAAAUUUCGGCAAAAGAGUUAGCAGAAUCGAUGGUCUUCACACGCGGAUUAAUCGAUGAUCAAUUGGGUUUGGUGCUCAUUGAUGGAGGCAGGGAUAAGAACUUAAUUGCCUGCAGGGUCGUGAGCAAGCUGGGAUUACAAUCACAGCCUCAUCCAGCUCCCUACAUCUUCCAAUCACCGUACGAAACCAAAUCCAGCACCGUAGUGUCUCAGGUGGUCGUGGAAUUUUCGAUUGGCCAGUACAAGGAUCAAAUCAUGUGCGACGUGGUUUACAAUCUUCCCAGCAGCAUAGUUCUUGGACAACCAUGGUUUAGAGCUCGUCAAGUUUGUUUUGCAAGUCGGCGGAGCAAGAAGUUUCGAAUUCGGAGUCGAAACAAGGUGUUCGUCGUGAACCCUUUGACUCCGGAAGCAGCAGCCGACGAUUUGAGCGAGCUUAACCGUAUCCAGAAGGAGUAUCAGCAGGCUCUGUUGAAGAAAACGUCGACGUGGAGAAGCAAUCCAGCCAAAACGCAGGUAGGAGCUGGUCGUCUCUGCUCUUCGCCGGUAAAACAGAGUCCGCAUUCUGUAUACAAAUCCGACGAGGUACGGGCAAAUUUGAUCAAGGAGGCGAUGGCAGACGUCUUCCUCGAUGGUAAAGGAAGGACGAAUGAUGAAUCAGAAGUGUCAGAGAUCCCUGAAGAUGCUCGAAUCGAGCCAUUGACGAGGACUGCACAAGCUUGUUCAGCCUUCACAGAACAGAGUACGAACAGAGCUCUCGUUGGUAGAGCCACCAGACAUGAUUCGAACUUACCCACCGCCGUCGAGACCUUCAAAACGAACCGAGGAAUCUUACCCAUAUUCUGGAUCGACUCGAAUACGACGAACGUGAAAGAUCAACAUCUAGCUCGAUUUCCCUGUUUCGUACCCAGGAAACAGAACGAAGACAGCGCUCUCGUGGGCAGGCCAACUGGGGACGAGUCGAAUUAUGGCCAUGAUUCAGAAUCAUUCUUUCAGACCCCAGAAUCGUCAAAAGUGAACCAAUUGGAAUUGAUCAUACCUGGAAUUGAAGAUCUGAUUCGCGCAAAGCCACCUCUGUUCGUGAAGAACACAGCCGACAAGGCCCCUCUAUUGGGUAGAGCAAACCAGCUCGAUUGGAGAAAAUUUAACCCGUCAAACCCAUUCAUGGAGGUCCAAGGAACGUGUAGCAUCCAUCAAUUCGACGCGAAGAGGAUCGAACAACAAACGCCCAAUUUUCAAUUGAAAAUUUUGGGUUUCCAGAAUUUGAAAACGGCCAACGGCGGGAAAGGCAAAUUUGACGAUUCGUCGACAAUGGUGAUGAAUCGAGACUGGGGAAUGGUUCAAAGCUUCAAUUGGAAGCCUGGCGAAGAGCGUGGAGUGGUUCAAUUGGACUGGAAAUCGUCGAAACGAAAACCCCCAAUUCAUUCGAGCAAGAACAGGUACGCAGAAGAAGUCCGACAACCUGGAAAAUUUUUCGAUCGCGUUCAGGUGAAAUUAAUCGUCGAGGAAGGUUCUGUUAGAGUCCAGGAAGAUUUACCAACAACACUGCAAGCUUCAAAGUCCAUAAAACAGAUCGUAGUUGAAGUUGAAGUUGUUGAAAUUCUGCAGAAAAGGAUGUUUGAGCAGCCAUCUUUCGAUCCAAUUUGGGAUCGAUUCUGUGAUUUCUUUGACAAAGGGAAAGGUCAAGCUUUGAGGGCAAAGCUUUUUGAAGAGGGGUAGCCUGAUAUGAUCCAAAUUGGCCACUUCUACGUGUCACAAUUACUUGCCAAAGAAGCUAUCAAGGUUGGAAAGAAGAAUGGCAGAAUUUGGCUAAGUCAAAAUCCGUGUUCAGGGUACAUACUUUGGAGGCAUGGUUCUCUCAAUUGACUUGGUGGAAAUUCCAUUUUAAGAGUUUGUUUUUCAGAUAAAGUUGCCACCUUUCCAAUGGUAUGCUUUGUGAAUCCAGAUGAUGUCAUUAAGGUUGUUUUUCAAGGCCUCAAAGUUGCUACCUCAAAACUGGAAAACUGCCAGAAAAUGGUUAAGUCUGGAAACUGUUUUGUGAAGCCUACUUUGGAGCUUAAUUCGAGGAGUAUGGAUCUUAUUCAAGUCCAAAGGCUUCUACAACGUGAAACUAGGUAUGUUUGUGAACAGAGGGAAGGAAUUGGUUGAAGAAUUGGAGUUCGGGAAGGCCUCGAACGAAAGGCGCGAAGUUAGUACGAAAGCUGCUUUUGGACUGUUGCUGGCAGCUUACUUGCGCUUGAAGAAAGGGAGUUUAAACCCGAAUUUUGUGUCCUUUAUAGUGUAGAAUUUUACCUUAAUUGUUUCCUAGUUAUACUAUGAUUGUAUUUGGUUUUAUUUUCCUUUAAAUACCGUUCUAUUUGGUUGUAAAAUUAAGACUUUGAUUAAUC